GCGAGCAGUUGACGUGCACGGCGUGUUGAAGCCCCUGCGCGCUGCACUUCGUGUUCACGUGUGGCUCCAAUGAAGAUGUUAAAGAGACCGAAUAUACUUUUAACCGGUACCCCCGGUGUGGGGAAAACCACACUGGGUAAAGAGCUGGCACAGAGAACGGGACUGACAUACAUAAACGUGGGGGACCUGGCACAGGAAAGUGAGUUGUAUGAUGGAUUUGACGAAGAGUACCAAUGCCCUAUAUUGGAUGAAGAUAGGGUAGUUGAUGAGCUGGAAGACAAGAUGGGCGAGGGGGGCAUGAUUGUCGAUUACCACGGCUGUGACUUCUUUCCGGAGCGCUGGUUUCACAUCGUGUUUGUGCUCCGCACUGAAAACUCAGCCCUUUACAACAGGCUAGAGAGCAGGGGCUACAAAGGGAAGAAGCUUCAGGACAAUAUCCAGUGUGAGAUUUUCCAGACCAUUUACGAAGAGGCCAUGGAGUCCUACAAAGAGGAGAUCGUGCACCAGUUGCCUAGCAACAACCCGGAGGACCUGGAGAGGAACAUGGAGCAGAUUCUGCAGUGGAUAGAGCAGUGGAUGAAGGAUAACAACUGAACUGGAGCUGCUGUCCCAGAGAGGCCUUGGCGUCGCACCGUCACCCAACGGCGCACCCUUGUCUUGCGUUGCAGGAGGUGCUGUCAUCUGUUUCACAGACCCUGAUUAGCAGUAAUGCUGAAGCUCUUCAGGGCCUGUGAAGCCUGCCAUUGUCGUUCUGUUAAUAUAGCAAGCACACUACACAAAAUAUUAUCUUGAAAGCUUACCCCAGGGUCACACUUGAUUUUAAGGGUUUAUUUACUGUUAACAACAACCUUGAUACAAGGUUCAUGAAUGUUUAGUAACCUAUUUCUAAAGUAAUUGAAAGUAGUUAGAAAGUCCGGUAUGUCAUUGGAAUUGGGUUCAGUUGGUUGAAAACAGUUUGAGAGACAGGAGAGAGCGGGUUUUGUAUUAUUACAGACUUUAAAGACUCAGGAAGUCUUUUACUCAGUGUGUGCUUCUCUUAGUGUUUCUAAAUGUACCAUUAUUGAGUCUUUUAUACUUUUAGAAGCAACUAAAAAAAACUUUAAUGACAAACAUUUACAGUUAUGGAAGAUUUAGGAAACUUGUUGUUCAUGUAAAACAGUGCCUCUAAAAGGUGUGACAUGCCCAAACAGUCACUUUAAACUUGGAUUCAUAUCUAUCCCUUUUGGGGCAAGAAUUAUCUUGGGGUUUUAUUUUGGUUUGAUUUAGUUUUUUUUGCAUUUAAAAAAAUAUAUAUUUUAUAGUAUUUAAAACCAAAUUAUUUUGACUUUUUUUAUAUAUCAAGAUAAUAUUUUGUGCAUGUUGUGUUACUUUAAUGUAAACCACUAUCUUUGCAUUAGACUCUUAUUCAAAUAUAGACUGCAUCUUGUAUAAUAUAAAUUAUUUCCAUGAAAUACUAGUUUCAGAUAAAAAGAAAAGAAACACAUCUACUGCGUACAGAUGUGUAUGGUUCGACUUCACGCAAUUUAAUUUGAUAAUUCCUCAAAUUUAACAAUGUGUACUGCCUGUGUAUUAGAAUGCAUUGUAUUAUAAAAAUUGUGGGGAACUUUUUUGGAAAUGCAGUAAAAAGAAACAUGAA